CUGGCGCUCGGGGGCGGGGCGGCGGCCGGUGAGGCGGCGGCGGCGGGGUGGGGUGGCGGCGCGGUGCCAUGCUGCGGUCGCUGGGCUCCCUGCUGUGCCUCUGGGCGCUGCGCCUCCCGCCGGGCCCCGGCGCGGCCUCCCGGGGGCUCGACGUGGCGUCCUACAGGGAGCGGGUGCGCGCCAUGUUCUACCACGCCUACGAGCACUACCUGGAGAGCGCCUUCCCCUACGACGAGCUGCGGCCGCUCACCUGCGACGGGCAGGACACCUGGGGCAGCUUUUCCCUCACGCUGAUCGACGCCCUGGACACCCUGCUAAUCUUGGGAAACGUUUCAGAGUUCCAGAGAGUCGUCAAUGUGCUGCAGGAAGGGGUGGAUUUUGAUAUUGAUGUCAAUGCAUCUGUCUUUGAAACUAACAUUCGAGUGGUGGGUGGUCUCCUCUCCGCUCACUUGCUAUCGAAGAAGGCUGGUGUUGAAGUAGAAGUGGGAUGGCCGUGCUCUGGACCUCUCCUGAGGAUGGCGGAGGAAGCAGCUCGCAAACUCCUGCCUGCUUUUCAGACCCCAACUGGGAUGCCUUAUGGAACAGUGAACUUGCUGCAUGGAGUAAACCCUGGCGAGACCCCAGUUACCUGUACUGCUGGAAUUGGUACAUUUAUAGUGGAAUUUGCCACUUUAAGCCACCUUACUGGUGAUCCGGUGUUUGAGGAUGUUGCCAGGAAGGCCCUGAAGGCACUGUGGAAAAAUCGCUCAGAUAUUGGACUGGUUGGUAACCACAUUGAUGUGAUAACUGCCAAAUGGGUAGCUCAAGAUGCUGGCAUUGGGGCUGGAGUGGACUCCUACUUUGAAUACCUUGUUAAAGGAGCCAUUCUGCUGCAGGACAAGGAGCUGAUGUCCAUGUUCCUAGAAUAUAACAAAGCUAUAAAAAAUUACACAAAGUUUGAUGACUGGUACCUCUGGGUUCAGAUGUACAAGGGAACAGUGUCCAUGCCUGUUUUUCAGUCUCUGGAGGCCUACUGGCCAGGCCUACAGAGCCUAAUUGGAGAUGUAGAUAAUGCCAUGCGAACCUUCCUCAACUAUUACACUGUUUGGAAGCAGUUUGGUGGACUGCCCGAGUUCUACAACAUCCCCCAGGGCUAUACAGUGGAGAAGAGAGAAGGAUAUCCGCUCAGGCCUGAGCUGAUUGAGAGUGCAAUGUAUCUGUACCGCGCUACACGAGACCCCACCCUCUUAGAAUUGGGAAGAGACGCAGUGGAGUCUAUUGAGAAAAUCAGCAAGGUGGACUGUGGAUUUGCAACAAUCAAAGACUUGAGAGAUCACAGACUGGAUAAUCGCAUGGAAUCCUUCUUUUUGGCUGAAACAGUGAAAUACUUGUAUCUGCUGUUUGACCCAGACAACUUCAUUCACAAUGAUGGGUCAGUCUUUGAUGUGGUGUUCACACCAUACGGGGAAUGCAUCUUGAAUGCUGGAGGAUACGUCUUUAACACUGAAGCUCAUCCUAUAGACCCUGCUGCACUGCAUUGCUGUAGGAAGUGGAAGGAAGAGCAGUGGGAGGUAGAAGACUUGAUGCGAGAAUUUUACUCAUUGAAGAGAAACAAAAAAUUCACUUUAAAAAGAGCUUCAGACCAUGGUGAAGGGGAAAGCAUGCAAGACACUGUAGAUGCCUCUUCAGGGAGUGGCGGAGAGAAAAGAAACUCUAAGAAGGCACACUCCCUCCUGAGUUGCCCUAGUCAAUCUUUUAACUCCAAACUUGCAGUAUUGGGACAGGUCUUCCUAGACAACACCUGAUUCUGUUCUUAUUAUCAGUUUAAAUUAUUGAACUUGAUUUAGACUCUGGGAAUAUAUUUUUAUGGUUUCAUAAUGGAAAAAGUCGUACCUCACAAUGUGAAUUCUGUUAUGAAUUAAAACAGCCUCUCAUUCUACUUCUCUCAGUCUACUACUGCCAGUUCAUAAAACAUGAUUCAGAUGAUCAGCUGUUAUUGCUGUAAGUUGCUAAUCUCAAACCAGUUGUUUGCUUAAAAAGCAAAUAUGUGUUCAGAAAGAAAAAGAAAAGUCUACAGUUUGGGAUGUACCAUCUUUAUUUCAUUGUGAGUCUGUUUUGAAAUUUUCCAGGCUUAUGCACAGUCCACAGCUUGCUUUGCUCCAUAAAAGUGAACCUUAGCUGUUCCCUGCCUAUAGGGAAAAGGCAUUGGAUUGCUAGCUCUAGUUUCACUUCUGAGACUACAGGUCUCCUCUGUGACAUCCUCCACCUUUGUUGUUGGCCUCUGUAUGAAUACGUGGUUAGCCUGAGAGAUUUAUGAUCAGUCAAGAAAAUGGUUUUGAUUCAUGAGAUGCAGGCUGAGAUUCGAAGAUCUAGUAUGGGGCAGGGUGUCUGUCAAGCAUCAAGGGGUGGCAUGGGGGAAGGAAAGGACUUGUGACGUAGAGCAUUGCUCAGUUCCUUUGUAUGUAGAAUCAGUGUGGGUCAAUACCAUCUGCCCAAAAUUGGUUUGGUAAGUGUCCAGGUAGUGUCAUCUGGAAACUGAGGUGGAGCAUGGACUAGCAAAAGUUUGAUUGUUCAAUCCCUGCGGUGGAGCUGUUUCUUCUCUCAGAAUCUGACAUGCCUCUCCUGUGAAAUUUCCUCUUUCCUUCCUCUCCUAAACUUCCCAUUAAGGCCUCACUUGCAUAACUCUACAUCAGCCACUCCAGUCAGUAAAGCUGGCCCUCAGGAUGGACUGCCUGAGCUGUUCAGUGUGGCAUGCAUAAGGCUAGGUUGGAAAGGGACUUGCUUCAGACUGAAAUGCCACUCUUCCUUACUGAAGAAGACAGCUGAACUACAGUUUAUAAGCUGCUUGCUGCAGCAGAAAGUGGGAGAUCUCCUUAGGAUCUUUCUUCUAAUGGAAACCAAGCUAUGUUUCUUUUUUUUUCCUCAACAAGUAAAAUGUUGUAUUUGUACCUCUGUUAAUGAAACAUUUUGGUGGUGUUCAGUUGACUUGACAAAUACAAAGCUUUGUAUGUA